CCUUCCCCGCCGCCCAGCCAUGUCCCUGAAGCUCUUCUUGGACCUGCUGUCGCAGCCCUGCCGCGCCGUCUACAUCUUCGCCAAGAAGAACGGCAUCCCCUUGGAGAUGCGCACCGUGGAGCUGUUCAAAGGACAGCACCUGAGCCACAAGUUCCUCCAGGUUAACAGCCUGCAGAGGCUGCCCACCCUCCAGGACGGGGACUUCGUCUUGACCGAAAGCGUGGCCAUUCUGAUUUUCCUGAGCGCUAAGUACCAGACAGCGGACCACUGGUACCCAGCCGACCUGCAGGCCCGCGCCCGCAUCCAUGAGUACCUGGGCUGGCAUGCCGACUGCAUCCGUGGCACCUUUGGUGUGCCCCCGUGGACCCAGGUGAUUAUGCCGCUCACUGGGACCCAGGUGCCAGAGGAGAAGGUGAGGCGCAACAGGACCGCCAUGGACCAGGCCCUGCAGCAGCUGGAGGACAAGUUCCUGGGGAACAGGGCCUUCCUCACCAGCCAGCAAGUGACGCUGGCUGACCUCAUGGCACUGGAGGAGCUGGUGCAGCCCGUGGCUGUUGGCUGUGACGUAUUUGAGGGACGGCCUCGACUGGCAGCAUGGCGUGAGCGAGUGGAAACUUUCCUGGGUGCUGGGUUGUGCCAGGAGGCCCACGGCCCCAUCUUGAACAUCCUGGAACGGGCAGCCAGCAAAACAUUCCUGGUGACCCUCCCAGAAGCCUAUCCGUUUGUGCUGCGUCAUAUUUCCAGGAUCCCCUGA